GCCACUACACACCACUCCACCAUACCGCCGACUUCACCUUGAGAUGGAGAAGCCAAAAUUCUCGUUGUCCACCCUGACGAGCUCGCGUAGCUUCCUGCACAUGGCGCAGAUCGUAAUGUGCGGGGUCACGUUUGUGGUGGGCUACAUCUGGGGUCACCCGAUGCACACCUACUGGAUCUACAGCAUGGUAAUCUGGGGUUUGUGUCCGAUCAUCACGCUGCUGAUCACAAUAAUAGAGAUGUUCCUCAUACACAAGCUGAUCCUGGUGUUUUGCAUGGACUGGGACGACUUUACGACCGGGAUGGCCAUGAUGGCGGCGCUCUGCAACUUUUCCUGCACGGUCAUGAUCGCCAAUUUCUACAUAUGCCGGAAGUGCAUUUGGGGUUGGAUGGUCUCUAUUCUGUCAGCAGUGUGUUGUGUGCUUUACUCGGUGGAGACGUUUAAGGACAAAUGUGAUUCGUCAAGAUCUGCGACGUAUGUAGCCGCACUUCCAGGCUUCUUAAAGAUACUUGAAGCCUUUGUUGCUUGUGUUAUCCUCAUUUCAUUGAUCGGUUACACUGGUAAACCUGCUUUAAUCUGGUGUAUUGUAGCCUAUGCGGUUCCCUUGCCUUUGACUCUGCUGGUUAUAAUCACCAACAUCUUGACCAAGAUAAAAAACUGCCUGCCGUUCAGCAUUGAUCGUUUCACCAUGCUCUUCUUGAUCAUUUCAGUUCUGCUUUACAUUUCUGCAGCAAUCCUGUGGCCGAUCUACAGCUUCAGAGGAAACCCGCGGCCUAAAGACUGUCCUGGGAACAGCUGCAUAUGGAGCAUCCAGUUUGUGGUCACGUUCAUGACUUACGUUAACCUGGGUCUGUACGUCAUUGAUUUGGUGUUCACCUGCUGCGGUAUCUGCGGAUUCAGACGCUCUUAACACUUAACCACUCAGUACACAAUACACACUAAAGUUUCUAAAGGGGGUUUUGCAGGGGUGGUGUUAAAGAAUCAAUUUAUUUAUUCAUUUCUAUGUGGAGAAUUUCUUUUAUAAGGGUUAAACUAUACAUUUUUGAUGCUGUUACAUGUUUUUGUAGUGUAUUUCAAGAUGCUCUCAUGUUCGUUGUUGUUUCUAU